UGAGCGGUCACACUAAUCCGGUUUCGAAUUGUUUAACAAGUUUUUGUUUAAAGCUUUCCCCCGACUACUAAGUAAUCGCCGCCUUUCGCACCCACAACACACACAGCACAACCGGCAGAAUGAUCAAGAACGCAGUUUCGCUGGUGACCGGAGGAGCCUCUGGACUGGGUCGCGCCACCGUCGAGCGGCUGGCGAAGCAGGGAGCCAGCGUGGUCCUGGCCGAUCUGCCCUCCUCCAAGGGCAACGAGGUGGCCCAGGAGCUGGGCGACAAGGUGGUCUUCGUGCCCGUCGACGUCACUUCCGAGAAGGAUGUGAGUGCCGCCCUGCAGACGGCCAAGGAUAAGUUCGGUCGCCUGGAUCUCUUGGUGAACUGUGCCGGCACAGCAACGGCGGUGAAGACCUAUAAUUUCAACAAGAAUGUGGCGCAUAGAUUGGAGGAUUUCCAGCGUGUGAUCAACAUCAAUACGGUGGGCACAUUCAAUGUGAUCCGCUUGUCCGCCGGUCUGAUGGGCGCCAACGAGCCGAAUCAGGAUGGACAGCGCGGCGUGAUCGUGAACACCGCCUCGGUGGCGGCCUUCGACGGGCAGAUCGGCCAGGCAGCCUAUUCCGCCUCCAAGGCGGCCGUGGUGGGCAUGACCCUGCCCAUUGCCCGCGAUUUGAGCACCCAGGGCAUCAGGAUUUGCACGAUUGCUCCUGGUUUAUUUAAUACACCCAUGUUGGCCGCUUUGCCGGAGAAGGUGCGCACCUUCCUGGCCAAGUCCAUACCAUUCCCGCAGCGCCUGGGCGAGCCCAGCGAGUACGCCCACCUGGUGCAGGCGAUCUUCGAGAAUCCGCUGCUCAACGGCGAGGUGAUCCGCCUGGACGGCGCCCUGCGCAUGAUGCCUUAGAUCUUUGGGAGGACAUCCUGGACACCCGGAAGUGGCUCGAUCAGUUUGCAUUUAUCUAUUGUCUAGUGGUUAAGCUGAAAAGUUUUAUUAUCUGUCCCGAAAUUAUGUAAUAGUUGCUAUUAAACAAGUGGAACUUUGUGAAAUUUGAAA